ACAUCUUCACGGCGUGCGCUUGAGGUCGGCUCGGAGGCUACAGCUUUGAACGUGUAACCAUAACAACUGCGCUCUGAUUGGCUCUCCUGGCACGGGAAUUAACAAGGGCCUCGUCCAAUCUGAGCGCAGGAUGCGCGUUGCGCUGGCAAAACCUCGUGAUAACCCAGGCACAGUGAUGUGAAAGUGGCGACGUGAGGUGAGCCCGAAGGAAAUUACUGGACCCAAAACAAAGCAUGAGCGAGGGAUAAACUAUCCGAAAUAAACACGUUUGAAUAAUGAUAUUUUAACUGGUGACAAAACAUGCCCGGUUUGUCCAUCACGCAGUCCAUCAGCUGGCGCAGCUGAUUUUUUUUCCUCCUCUCUUCUUUGGAUUGUGGAUUGUGACAAGUAGCAGGACAGCGAGCCAACAGGAGCAGGACUACAACACUUCGCGGGGUUUGUCACUCCGCCGCCUUCCAACGAGAGGUUCCUCCAGUUUUCGCCUGACAGCACACCUCCCCUGGAGCCAAGACGUUGUUCCGCGUAGACCCGGGGUGCCCCAGUCCGAGCAGCGCAGUCCGUGUGGGAAGGUCGGCACUCGGCGUCCUGCAGGCCGGCGACAUGAUGGUCCACUGUGCCGGGUGCGAACGGCCCAUCCUGGACCGGUUCCUCCUCAACGUGCUGGACAGAGCGUGGCACGCUAAGUGUGUCCAAUGCUGCGACUGCAACUGCAACCUCACCGAGAAGUGCUUCUCCAGGGACGGAAAGCUCUAUUGCAAAAUGGACUUUUUCAGGCGAUUUGGCACCAAAUGCGCAGGCUGCCUGCAGGGAAUCUCACCGAACGACUUGGUCCGCAAAGCGCGCAGCAAGGUGUUCCAUCUGAACUGCUUCACCUGCAUGGUGUGUAACAAGCAGCUGUCCACGGGAGAGGAACUCUAUGUGAUAGACGAGAACAAGUUUGUGUGCAAAGAAGAUUAUUUGAGCUCUGGGGCCAUUAAAGAAGUCAACUUGAACUCAGUGUCGUCGUGUACAGAUAGGAGUUUAUCGCCGGAUCUGCAAGACCCAAUACAGGACGACAUAAAGGAGACGGACAAUUCAACGUCCUCAGAUAAGGAAACGAACAAUAUAGAGAACGAGGAGCAGAACUCGGGGACCAAAAGGCGGGGGCCCCGGACCACCAUCAAGGCCAAGCAGCUGGAAACGUUAAAGGCGGCGUUUGUCGCCACGCCGAAACCCACUCGGCACAUCCGAGAACAGCUGGCCCAAGAAACGGGACUAAACAUGCGGGUGAUCCAGGUUUGGUUCCAGAAUAGAAGAUCCAAAGAACGACGGAUGAAGCAGCUAAGUGCUCUGGGGGCCCGACGGCACGCCUUCUUCAGGGGCCCGAGGAGGAUGCGGCCCCUGGGAGGCAGGAUUGAAGAUCCAGACAUUUUAGGACCCGGGGCCUACGGUUACUAUGGAGAAUACCAAGGUGACUACUACGGACCAGGAAGCAACUACGACUUCUUCCCCCACGGCCCUCCGUCCUCACAGGCUCAGUCUCCAGCUGAGUCCCCCUACAUUCUGGGAUCUGGAGCCAUGGAGGGAUCAGGUCACCACCCUUCAGAAGACCAAAGGUUCACGGACAUGAUCUCCCAUGCAGAAACCCCCAGUCCAGAGCCGGGCUUACCGAGCUCUCUGCAGGCCGUCCCAGGGGAGGCAUACGGGGGCGGACCCAGUCCUCCUUUCUCCUUGGCCAGUAACUCCAGCUACAGCGCUCCAAUGUCCCACCAAGGCCAGGAGAUGGGAGAAACCACAGCCUGGUAAAGGACAAGAAGACACAGGGACCAUUCCUGGGCUGAGUGUUGGCCUAGUUAAUUCAGGAGACAAAUAAAAAAACAAACAAAAAAAAAAGACAUUGUGGGGUGAAAAGUACAGCUGAAGUUUCUACAGAGGACUUUUUAAAAUCAUGAACUGAUUUUCACAGUUGACAAACUGAAUCAAGAGUGGGAUAGCUUGCAGGAAAAAGUAAUAGUCGCUGCCCAGUAGACACUCCAAAGCAUACCCCUUCCUGGAUUACUGGACUUGAAAGACUCAAAAAAUAAAUUUUAAAAAUGUGCGAUUCCAUCCAGCAAAAAUGCUUCUCGCCAUCCCCUUGUUGUUAACAAAGGUAUCUUCUAAUGAACACAUUAGAGAGAAACGCCAAAGGGGACAUGUUUGGUUUUCUUAAUUUCCCUCCACAUUUUUUUUACAAUGUUGCUUCCAAGCAAUUAUUUCUUUCCUCAUUCUAAUGCUAGGUUACCACUCUACCCUCAGUAUUACAAAGACAACGGUUCUGAUACAUGCUUUAAUGUUCACACAAACACUCCAUCAUAUGUUAUGUCAAACACGUUGCUCAUUUUAAACUCGUGUGAGACGUUAUGUCAAAUCAAAGGCUGCUGCUUGAUAGACACACACUCACCUCUGGCACGACUCGCUCUUGCACACAUCUCGGCUAUAGUCCCUUAAUGCUCAAAAAGUGUUCUUGAUCGUAGCUUAAAAAAGGAUGUCUAUACCAUUAUUCAAAACAUGGACACAAUUAUACAGACACUUGUACUCACUGCACACACACACACACACACACACACACACACACACACACACACACGUACACACACAAAUCUCACACCCAUCCAGGCGGCCCUGAUAGUUCUGCUCCACACACUGCUUCACCUGACCUUCCUUUUGUUACUGUCCCUUUUAAAAAACAUGUUUUAAUGGAAAUGAUUUUCAAAAGAACAUUGAACCCAUAAUGGAGAAUGUCCUUCAGCAGCUGAGGUCUCCUUCCUCUAAAGAGAGAAAACAAAAGAGGGGGCAGACAACAUCUGUGACAUUACCACUGUCUGCGCUGAAGCACUCGUUGCCAUCUAGUGGCCAUCAGGCGUGCAGAAUUCCAAAUCAGCUCCGAGCAGCACAGUCUGGCUGGGGAUGUGAACGUCUUCGUAAUUCACAGGACAAAUUCUCCAAAUUUUUAAAUCUUCUUUUUAUUGUGCAGAUCAGGGUCACGCGUCAUCACGGCUGCUACUUCAAAAGUCAGUCUUUACAUAUUAAAGGGAAGCAAACAAAUUCCACCCCCAUAUUUUCCUAUUUCAGCUCAGUCUUUAAGCACAACAUACACAACAUAUGUCACACAAAACACAUCUUGUAAUGCUGUCUGUCCACAAUGAGUUAGCUGAAAUAUUGUUUUCAGAUCAGAUUUGUGUUUCUUUUGGACAUUGUAUAAGAUCUAGAAAGAAUGUGUCUUAUUUCUGAUUCACGGAGAUAUUCUUGGAUACAAACGUGAGUGUGUGGGUGCCUGAAUGUGGAUGCUUGGAGGUGUGUGUGCUCAUGUGUGUGUGUUUAAGGGGGAAAAGGGGCAAGGCUGUAUUAUGUCUAUGUAAAUAGCACUGGUAAUAAAACCUUCUCUUACAAGUUGAA